UAACGACGUCGUAAUAUGCACACUGGGGACCCACUUUCUCUUAUUGAGUUCUAUAUAAACAGCAAGCUCUUGCACCUUCAUGCUCACACUCAAUCCUUUCCGAAACUAGAAGAAGAAAGCUUGUCUUUGAAUACUUAUCAUUCAUCAACAAUGGCAGGUCUUAAGUUACUUAGCAUUUUGGUUCUCUGCAUGUUUGUCGCUGCGCCUAUAACAGAGGCCAUAACAUGUGGACAAGUGAGCGGUGCCCUGGCUCCAUGCAUUAACUACCUGAGAACAGCAGGUGCCAAAGCUCCACCGCCGAAUUGCUGCAAUGGAGUGAGAAGCAUCAACUCUGCUGCAAAAUCGACCCCUGACCGCCAACAAGCAUGUCAGUGCUUGAAACAAGCAGCAGCAAGCGUCUCUGGUAUCAUCCCUACGAACGCUGAGGCUCUUCCUGGUGCUUGCAGCGUCAACAUUCCUUACAAGAUCAGCCUCUCCACUAACUGCAACAAUGUCAGGUGAGUUAUACAUGGAGCAGAGUUCGAUUUUCAGGCCUGGAGAUCAGGUAGCGUAAGAAGAAUAAGAGGGAGAGAGAGGAUAAUGGUGUCUCCACUUUAGCGAGUCUCCGUUUCUCUUUAAUUACUACUGUUUUCUCUGUAUGUUUUUGUUGUAAUUUUUACUAUUUGGUGUUUGCGUCUUUGGGUCUAUUGUACUGUCUGUGUUAUUAAUGAUAUCUAUCUACGUUUCUGAUAAGAUUUCUAUUUU